AUAUCGGGCAUAGCGGUGGAACCAGCCAAUCACGGUUGAAUUUACACGGUCGUGCAUCUCUGCUAACGGCUCAGAUACGCUGGUCGCAGCCAAAACACGCCCAGCGAAAGCCUGUGCCGGAGAGCACUCUCAGCAGCCGGGCUAGACAAGGCUGCAAGGUAGCGCAUCGUGCUCCUGCUUGGUCAGCGGUCACGUUUUUGGGCAAUUGACUACAGGUGCACUGUGGCAAAUGGAGACCACAACGCGCCUAGCCCUCGCGCUGGCACUACUUCCGACGGUAGCGCUGUCUUUACAAUGGCUCCGCGGCCGCGCACCGCCGCGCGAGAUCCAAAACUACCGCAAGGAGGCGGCGGUCGCGAUCCGGCUCGCGCGGCGCUGCGGCCGCGCGAUGCGCGAGGCCGACACGAAGGCGCGCACGACGAUCUGGAAGGACGGCGACGGCGGCAUCGAUCCGUGCACGGCGACGGACGAGGCGAACGAAAGACUUGUCGUGGAGGGACUUGGCGCGGCGUUUCCAACCCACAGAGUCGUCGGCGAGGAGUCGUGCUCGGCGAACGGAGUGAUUCCCGUGCUGGAUGACGACGACGUCCCGACGUGGAUUGUUGAUCCGAUCGACGGCACGCAGAACUUCGUGCACGGCCUGCCCUGCAGCGUCGUGUCGAUCGGGAUGGCCGUGCGCGGCGUGCCGCGGCUCGGAGUCGUCCUGGACCCGUACCGCGACGAGCUCUGGGUCGCGGCGGCCGGCGAGGGGGCGUACCUCAACGGGCGACGCCUUAAAGUCGCGGCGGCGGCGCCGUCGGCGGACCUGUCGGCGUACACUGUCCUGACGGAUCUCGGCUACGAGCGCGGCCCGGCCGCGAAGCCGCUCGCGCGCCUGUACGCGUCGCUGUUGGACAAGAACGUGCGCGCCGUGCGGAUCCUGGGCUCGACCGUGCUGAAUCUGUGCUACGUGGCUACGGGUCGCGCUUCUUCAAUGGUUAUUGGAUUAGUUGAAAGAGACUGCCCAAAGCCCUGGGAUUGGUGUGCCGGAACGCUCGUCGCGCGCGAGGCCGGAUGCACCAUCGAGAUGGUCGACGGCCGGCGCGCGCCGCCGGGCGACCCGUCCAAGCCGCCUACGUCAGGCGAAGCCUUCGACCUGCUCUCGCGGUCAUGUGUCUGCGCGGAAUCGCCGGAGCUGUGUACGCGGCUCAGGAGGCUGGCGCGGGAUGCUAUUGCUGGGUAGGUUUAAAAGUUUAUGAAUCCUGCC